UGAUCCGUAUAAUCUACGGAACAGAACAACAAAAUCAUACAGAUUUUUCGAGCCGACAGAACAGUAAAAAAGAAAAAAAAAUCUUGAUUCCGAGGUUGUCCGGAUUCUUGAUUCCACGACCCAGCAAGAAACAGGAAAGAACGGAGCUAUUCCGUCCAAAUGGUGUUCAACAGCGGGAUAUUGAUCAGAGUGAUGGACGCAUCGGCCGACAUCUGCCAGUACACGGCGAGGAUCCACGGCCAGGACCGUCUCGAGAGCGGCCAGCUGCUGGAUCUCAUCUGCUGCCUCCCUCUCCACCACGUCGGCCGCCUCCUCCUCUGCCUCUGGACCUACCUCUGCGUCUCUGCCCCCGACUCCUACUACUACUCCUCCUCCUCUUACUCUGACUCCGACGAAGAUGCUGGUGACGGUGGCGCUUCCUCCGCCACCGCCGAUUACGUUGUCCUUGACUACGACUCCAACUCCGACUGACUGACUUGUGGGGCGUGAGGGUUUGUGUUUCUUGUACAGUUGACACGCUUGAAAAGCUGAAUUAAAGUCUGUAUACUUCUCCUGGAUUUCGAACUGAAGGAAUUGGGGAUUGGUGUUGGCUUAACCGCUGGUGGAGAUGAUGUAUUUGAUGGUGGCUGCUCGAAAUCGGGUUUGUCUUUCGGUUUGUUUCAUCGAGGAUGUUGGAUACUGGGUCAUUGACUCAUCGCUGGAGUUUGAUAGAUGAAUAGAAUACUCUGGUAUAUUCCUCUCAAUACAUUUGCAUGGACAUAGUGUUUGCAAACAUGGGAAUGAUAUUGUAGAAUGUUUUCGGCUCCUAGGAUCUCCUUUCCUGGGGUUAUUAUCGACGUAGAAUGUCCCAUUAUCCUCUUAGAUUGGUGUUUGAUAUUCGAGGGGAGUGAGUUGAUUGAUUUGUUGAAUCGAGGACUUCAAUGUCUGGAUUCAAUCUCCCUUUUGCUGAUUGUAAUUCUGUCUGUUCGGUGGAAAGGUUUCAGUUGAUACUUUGUGUCCCCUCCCUCAUCUCUUUAGUAUCACAUUCUUUCUCUUGCCCAAGUAUAUGCUUGUCAUAGCAGAGUCCAUGUUCCUUAUGAAAUAUAGAUGCUUGUGAUAUGAAUUUGAAUAUGUGAAUAUGCUGAGGGUGCUUUUAUUCUCAACUGAGCAAUCACUUCUCAGGAGGAGCAUUCUGAGUUGUUCUCUGGUCAUCCUUGUGAGGCUUGAUUGUACUACUGAAAAAUAGUGAAUCAAGUUGCUGAAUGUAUACCCUGACUUCAUCAUCUUGGUAUGGUAUGAUUAAUAUUUGAUUUU